GGAGGCUGGCACUCAGUCUGUUCGCUCACAGGAGGACUCAGCAGCAGCAGCAGCAGCAGCAGGACAAUGGACUGUCUCCACCACGGAUCCUAACGGGCACCGGGCUGUUUGGGACAGACUGGAAUAUAAGGAGGUGAAUGUCAAACAGCUCCAGGAUGCUGCCGUCCUCAUCCCUGCUGACCUGCUCUUCACCGCCCGGCAUCUGAUUUACCAAACAUGAUGAAGACUGAACCCCCGGCGGCCACGGGGGGCAACGGGACCUCCGGUGGCAGCAGUGGGGGAAGCGGGAGCUCAAACCUGCGGAGUCCCUCGCCCCACCGCAACGCCUACGAGGCGGGGCUGGCGGCGCUCAAGAAAGCCACUGACCACCUCAACAAUGCCGCCAAUGGAGGCGCUGGACCUGCCUCAAAACCUGCUCCUCUGCCUCGUCCGACCGGGAGGGGCCGGAAAUACGGAUCAAAUGUUCACCGUAUCAAGAAUAUGUUCAUGCAGAUGCAGUCUCCUGGUGAUGAAGAGGAGGGAGCCAAAAUGAUCGGUGGAGAUCAGGCGGUGAAACUGUCCCUACCGAGGGCAUCCAGCCUUAACGAGAACGUCGACCACAGUGCCCUGCUCAAACUUGGGGCCACGGUCUCAGAAAGGGUCAACCGUUUUGACCCUAAAGCAGGCGGAGAGGGUGGGGGCUUCUCCAAGCUCCAGGAGACCAGGAGGAUCUUCGAACAGCGGACGCUACAGGAGAAGCAAGCUGCCACCAACCGUAUCUUGCUGAAGAAGGAGCGGGCGUCGGGCUUCCAGGACAGCCGUCUAGAUGUCGUGGCUCGUUUUAAUGGCUCCACUGAGGCUUUGGACCGGUUGGACGACCCCCCUGCCCCUGCUCCUGCUUCUGUUCCCGCUCCUGCUCCUUUCCCUGCUGCCGCAGCUUCAGUCAGACCUGCUGACGCCGUCAGCCCCACCGUGAGCCAGCUCAGUGCCGUGUUCGAGAAGGGCGAACAGCCAAACAAUCUCUACCUCCCCCAGCGUCGGUCAGGCCCUGCCCUACCACCAAAGCCCAAACCUCCAGCUAGAGCGGAGGUUCCCGUAAGGAAGGGGAAGGUGCUCCCUCCAGGUAAGGAGGAGCGCAGAGAGGUGGCAGCAGGAGCUGUGAGCACGCAGGCAACAGAGCGACCAGAGAUGACAGGUUCUCUACAGAGGAGCGCAGGAGAAGUGACUGCCAGCGAGGAGAAGGAAGGACAGUCGGGAGAGCAGCUCCCCAACUCCUCCAACUCCUCUUCGUCCUCAGUGACUGUCACAUCCUCCUCUUCCUCUUCGGAUGUCAAGCCAGAAUCGGAAGCCCAGUCAGCAGCGACUGAAGCCAGGGGCUCCAGUACGGUGGCUGCCCCAGAGAAAGAGCCGCAAGCAGAUGAACUUGACGGCUCCACCGGGGGAUCUGAGGCCGGAGCCAGGCUGGUGCAGGCCGAGGUUCACGCUUCACUGGAAAAUGGAGAAAAAGAGCCUCCAGAAUCCUCUCCAUCCUCUGAUGAGAGGGAAGCAGACUCUGAGAGGAGGGGCGAGGGCGAAGAGGAGGAGGAGGAGAACGAUGAGGAUGGUUCCAGGAAGGAGGAUUACUCAGAGGGAGACCUGGUGGAUAUCAGUGCGUACAGCGGGCUUGGGGAGGAGGACUCUGGGGGCAGCCAGCUAGAUGAUGAGGAGGAUGAGGAAGAUGAGGAGGCGUACCAGCCGGAGACCAGCUGCACUGAGAUACCAGGCCUCCCUGAGGAAGAAGAGCCCGCACCACCCAGCAGGAAGAUUAGAUUCAGCACUGGGCCGAUUAAGGUCUUCACCACAUACUCUAACGAAGACUACGACCGACGUAAUGACGAUGUCGACCCCAUGGCGGCUUCGGCCGAGUACGAGCUGGAGAAACGAGUGGAGAAGCUGGACCUGUUUCCUGUGGAGCUGGAGAAAGACAGUGACGGCCUGGGUAUCAGUAUCAUAGGAAUGGGUGCAGGAGCUGAUAUGGGUCUGGAGAAACUGGGGAUCUUUGUGAAGACGGUCACCGAGGGAGGAGCUGCGCAGAGAGACGGCAGGAUCCAGGUAAAUGAUCUGAUCGUGGAGGUUGAUGGGACCAGCCUGGUCGGCGUCACUCAGAGCCUCGCUGCCUCCGUCCUCCGCAACACCAGCGGCACCGUCAGGUUUGUGAUUGGUCGGGAGAAGCCGGGGGAGCAGAGCGAAGUGGCUCAGCUGAUCCAGCAGACUCUGGAGCAGGAGAGAUGGCAGAGAGAGAUGAUGGAGCAGAGAUACAAGCAGUACAUGGACGAUGAUGAAGAGACAGGUGAAUAUGCGACAGACGAGGAAGAGGAGAUGAGUCCCGUGUUUCCAAACUCCAUCGAGGUGUUCGACCUGGCCGAGAACCAGGACAUGUUGUCUCCUGUGGAGCUGGACCCCGAGAAGCUGGCCCAUAAAUUCAAGGAGCUCCAGAUUAAACAUGCAGUAACCCAGGCAGAGAUCCAUCUGCUGAAGAGGAAGCUGGCUCACGCGGAGCAGGAUAAGUUGCGUUGGCGGAUGGAGCGUGCUCAAUUGGAGCAAAACAUCCGGGACAGUAAAGAGAGGAUGGAGAAGCUGGAGGGCUACUGGAUGGAGGCGCAGUCGCUGUGUAAGGCAGUGGAUGAACACCUGAAGGAAACCCAGGCUCAGUACCAAACCCUAGAGAGGAAAUACAGCAAAGCCAAGAGACUGAUUAAAGAGUACCAGCAGAAGGAGAUUGAAUACCUGAAGAAGGAGACGGCUCAGCGUCGAGCACAGGAAGAGAGUGAGGCAACACACAAAGAGGAGGCGGACAACCUGCAGGAAAAGAUUACAGACUUGGAGACCAAAGUGGACGCCCUAAAGACCCCCAAACCCUCCUAGACUGCUGCUACUUCCUCCCUCCUGUCUGUGACUGGAAGAGGAGGAGCUCUGCCUUCAUCCUGACCUGGGCUGUAUUUUAUUCCAAUCAACCAUUUACUGCACGGACAGGUAGUGGGUAAAAAAAAAAACAAAAAAAAAAACAACUGGGAUGGCAACUGUAAAAGAGAGGAGUAGGAGGGCGACAUUCAAAGAGGAAAGAAACAGCCUCUCAUCUGACAUCUGCCAGCAGCUUACAGCUCUGUCAGUCAAUAACCAAUCCCAGAAUGCUCCCUCUGUAAUACCCACAAUCCUCCUUGUGUGUCUUCCUGGCAACCGGCUUGGCAAUCAACACGGAAACCACAUUCAACAACCUGUGCUUUAUUUAUGGAUGAUCUGUGUUGGCUUCUCCUCUCUUCAGUAACAGUAUACUACCCGGAUUCAAAUUCAUUUUAAAGAAGCGCUUUUAUUGAACAGGCUCGUCACAAAGUGCUUUAUAGAGCGACAGAGGGCGUCAACACAGAAUAAAACCGAACAAGAAAGGACAUCGCUUGAUUGUUGUUAUACUACAUCUGAACCAGGUGGUUGCUGAACCUUUCCUUUUUUUGUUCGGGACCGGACUGGAUUCUUGCGAAGAGGACAAAUGUGUUUUCUGUCGCAAGGCAUUCGAAUCAAAAACUACAUGGAGAAAUGGCCACCGCAUUUUUAAAGACAAAACAAAAACUUUUGAAAGGAAAUAGCCACAACCUGCUGAUAGUUGCAUAAUAAAAAAAACGACAAAACAAGAUGGCCGACAAAUUUCUGAUUUGGGACAAAAACUUUGACAUAGCAGAACGCCCACCCAAGCCUUUGGUUUCUCUUUUCUAGCCUAACUCUCUGCAAGCGAUGGAAGGAAUCAGGCAGAGGCGUGCUUUCAGGUCUGAACUGUGGUGGCAUACUGUUUGUAUAUAUUCAAUACAUGUAUUUAAAAGUGUUUAAAUGGCUUAAGCAAUUUAAGUGGGUCUGAUAUCCGAGAGUAAGGCAGUGC